GGUGGUGGAGAGGGGCCUGGUUGGGCUUCGUGUGCUGCGGGUGUCACAUCCACAUGAUGCAAGCACAGGUACCAGCAGCAGCAGUAGCCGACAUCAGCAGCAGUAGCCGGUACCCGCACCCGUAUGUUGACUGUGCAUCUCGCCUGCCCACCCCCUCCCGUAAGUGCCCCCUCCUGCCGCCCCCCAGAUUGUCAACAACCAGCCUGCCAACAGCAACAACGGGGACUACCGACCCGGUGUGGGAGCCACCCGCACCGCCAUGGAGCAGCACCCCUUCCACCUGCAUGGUCACCGGUUCUGGGUGUUGGGUCGCGGCAGCGGUAUAUUCGACCCCCCGCAGCACGCCGCCUCCCUCAACACCGCCAACCCCGCAUUCAGGGACACGGUGACGGUGCCGCAGGGCGGAUGGGCCUACCUGCGAUUCGUGGCGGAUAACCCCGGAGUCUGGCCCUUCCAUUGCCACAUCCUGCCGCACAUCUACAUGGGGCAGCAGUUGUAUUUUGUAACGGAUCCUUCCAAGGUCCCCGCACCGCCCGCCGCAUCACCCAAGUGCCCCGAGACAUGCGCGUAUAAUUUUGCGCCGUACAAUAAGGCCUUUUUGCGCUCCAAGUGGGGCAAGUCGGGCUUUGAGCUUCCACCACUUUACUAACCGAGACGACGCACGCCACGCCUCGUCAGGUCUAACGCAACCGUUAACAAAUAUUAGAAGCCUCAACCAGUAGAAUGAAGGAACGCAAUGGCCCUUUGCUGGGUUGAAAUGAGCGUGUGUAUGCGAUCCACAGCUUCAGUGACGAAUGUAAGCGCAGCGGCUAUAGGUUGUAGCUUUUAACAAAUGGGUGACUUACAGCCUUGAUACCGUCCUGCUGGCUUGGUCUGUUGUACAUGUCGUACAUCAAUGAUUGACCGUCACAAUGGUGCCCUACAAGGGAACACGGGUGUUGAACGGAUGUCGUACAUGUCUUGGGUUGGAAACCCCAGGUAGUUGUUUUCGGAGCUACCCUAUCUCGGAGUAUAAUAGCAAUUCCCGUUCCCAGAACGGAAGUCUUACUGCCUUGGAGUACUUGCCACUACUUUUCUCAUGCACUGUCCUGAGCAGCAAUGAGUGGCCACUGUACGACCCACGGGUCAGCUUGUGUAUGAGUGCAUGAAUGUCGGCGGUUAGUCAGCUAUGCUUUUGCUUUUCCAAAAUUCGCUUUUCGUACAUUCUCGGAGCUUUCGGUACUGUCUGGUUGUUCAUGUAUGCACAUGUACCAAUCCUAACUAGUAGAUUGCCGAGAGGGUAGGGACCGGACUAUCGACUUCCAAUCCGGUUCAAGACGUACAGUUCCAUAUCUGUGGGCUCAUUACUGGGGUUUAUUAAGGCAACUAAACUAUCAGCCUUCCGAUUGAGGCAAACACUUGUAUGUAAAGAGGAAACAUGG